AGUCUUGCACAGGUGUACCGGCUCCUCCCCUCCAGUCUUGCACAGGUGUACCGGCUCCUCCCCUCCAGUCUUGCACAGGUGUAAUGGCUCCUCCCCUUCAGUCUUGCACAGGUGUACCGGCUCCUCCCCUCCAGUCUUGCACAGGUGUACUGGCUCCUCCCCUUCAGUCUUGCACAGGUGUACUGGCUCCUCCCCUUCAGUCUUGCACAGGUGUACUGGCUCCUCCCCUUCAGUCUUGCACAGGCGUACUGGCUCCUCCCCUUCAGUCUUGCACAGGUGUACUGGCUCCUCCCCUUCAGUCUUGCACAGGUGUACUGGCUCCUCCCCUUCAGUCUUGCACAGGUGUACCAGCUCCUCCCCUUCAGUCUUUCACAGGUGUACUGGCUCCUCCCCUUCAGUCUUGCACAGGUGUACCGGCUCCUCCCCUUCAGUCUUGCACAGGUGUACCAGCUCCUCCCCUUCAGUCUUUCACAGGUGUACCAGCUCCUCCCCUUCAGUCUUGCACAGGUGUACCGGCUCCUCCCCUCCAGUCUUGCACAGGUGUACCGGCUCCUCCCCUCCAGUCU